CUGUGGAAGCCUUCCUGAUGGACGGAACCGACCGAACACAGUUCUGGAAGAGACAAGGGUGAGAGCGGGAGUGUCUGGGUUGCAACCAAGAGAAAAGAUGCUCUGUGAUGUUAAAAAAAACAACUCUACUUGAAGCUCGGCAACGUCGAGGGAUUUUGAAAACUCUGAUGCGGAAUAUGCGCUAAACUGCCUGUGGAUGCAAUGAAAAGUGUUGGAGUGUACUUCAUUUAAAAGAGGAAAGCUUAUUCUUUUUUGCUGUUGUCAUUGCUCCUCUUUUUGAAUCAUCUGAAGAAGGGAUUCCGCAGAAGUUUGCACACCGUAUUCGCAUAUUGAUUAAGAAAGCAUUCAAGCCGCAGACGCGGACCCUAACCCUGUUUCAAAUCUCCACGAGUGGAUAUUAAUCAAUUGCGACUGAGAUCCCUGGCGAGCCGUUCGGAACACCUGGGGGCUCAGGGGCCCCUCUGCGCACCGCACCGAGGCUGCAGAGACGGACCCAGUGCGCCAGCGCACCACCUGGAAUUCUCUCCGGUCCACCAAAGCCCAUACAGAACCCCAUUUUUGACAGCUAAAUCUUCUCUCCGUGCUACCAAAAGGGUUUUUUUUUUCUUUCUUCAGGCUGGUGUGGACUUUGUGCAGCCACAAAACUGAUCAUGCGAUGACUGAGUGCGCUUUAGAUACAUCUGUCCAGUCCAAUUCAGGAGGUGAAUGAUGGCUGAGGAUGGGGGAAACAUCUCCAGAACCCCCGACUCCAGGGGCUCGGAGGGCCGCUCGUCUCUGCCGAGGACUUUCAUCCGGCUUAACGACCUAUCCGGGGACGGAACUGGAGGUACCGUGGAGCGGAGUGAGGUGAUGGUGGAACCGGCGUCUCCAGCCCCAGACGGGACUUCGUCAGCCGGGGAUGAAGCAUCAGCAUCCGGCGAGGAAAGCCUGCCUCAUCCCACCUUGGCCCCAGUGGUCUUCUUCUACAUGAAGCAGACCACCCGUCCUCGGAGCUGGUGUCUCAAGAUGGUGUGCAACCCAUGGUUUGAGCGAGCAUCCAUGUUGGUGAUCCUGCUGAACUGUGUAACCUUGGGAAUGUUUCAUCCCUGUGAGGACAUCGACUGCAACUCUGAGAGGUGCAAAAUAUUACAGGAUUUUGAUGACUUUAUCUUUGCAUUCUUUGCCAUUGAGAUGGUGAUCAAGAUGGUGGCUCUGGGGAUUUUUGGCAAGAAAUGUUACCUCGGAGACACAUGGAACCGCUUGGAUUUCUUCAUUGUGUUGGCUGGGAUGUUGGAGUAUUCCCUCAACCUGCAGAAUGUCAGCUUUUCAGCAGUGAGGACAGUCCGUGUGUUGAGACCACUAAGAGCCAUCAACAGAGUGCCAAGUAUGCGCAUCCUGGUAACCCUGCUACUCGACACUCUGCCCAUGCUGGGUAACGUGCUGCUGCUUUGCUUCUUUGUCUUCUUCAUAUUUGGCAUCGUGGGAGUCCAGCUUUGGGCCGGCCUGCUCAGAAACCGCUGCUUUGUAGAGGAUAACUUCUCUUUUCCUCUGUCUGUGGAGCUUGAGAAAUACUACCACACCGAAAACGACGAUGAGAACCCUUUUAUCUGCUCUCAGCCCCGAGAGAACGGCAUGAGGGACUGCGGCUCAGUGCCCAAGCUCUAUGACGAGGCGGGCCUGCAAUGCAAUCUCGACAUGUACUCGUACAACAGCACUGAUAACACUACCUGUGUCAACUGGAACCAGUACUACACCAACUGCUCUGCUGGUUUGGUUAACCCCUUCAAAGGGGCUAUCAACUUUGACAACAUCUGCUAUGCCUGGAUUGCCAUUUUUCAGGUGAUUACUCUGGAGGGCUGGGUGGAUAUCAUGUAUUUCGUGAUGGAUGCUCACUCCUUCUACAACUUCAUCUACUUCAUCCUACUCAUUAUCAUUGGCUCAUUCUUCAUGAUCAAUCUAUGCCUGGUAGUCAUUGCCACUCAGUUCUCAGAAACAAAGCAGAGAGAGAGUCAGCUGAUGAAGGAGCAGAGGGUACGCUUCAUGUCUAAUGCCAGCACCUUAGCCUCCCUCUCCGAGCCGGGCUCCUGCUAUGAUGAGCUGCUUAAGUACCUUGUUCACAUCAUCCACAAGGGGGCAAGACAGGUGGCCCACAUUUGCAGGUUCUUAGCCCGUCGAGUAGGGCUCAACAUUGCAGCCUCUCCGCCUCCAGUAGAACCCCAGCAAAGGCAAACCCAGAGGAGAAGGAGGAAGUCUUCCAAGCAGGGGUCAUUGUCCGUUCACCACAUGGUGCACCCUCACUACCAUUACCAUCUUGGCAAUGGCAGUGUGCGAGGAGGGGCUAACAUCCGGUGUCUGGAAGGUAGAGAUGUGGAGUCUUCUUCUCAUAACAAUAACGGAGGUGCUGUCGCUUUAGCUCUGCCACUGCCGUCAGCGUCAGCAAUGGCUGACACAAAUCUGACAGGAUUUAGCGAUUUGCAUUCAACUCUUGGAGUAUUCCACCUAGAAACUCUUUGCUGUACACCCUCAACUACUAACCUAUGGCAAACCCCAGGCCAGUUCUCAUUGACAACAGCUUCCACAUCAAGGGCAAUGAAACGGAACUCUGUGCCCUUUGCCGCUCCUGGGCCUAAGAAUUACCCCACCCUGCAGGCAAGAGCUCUUGCAGAGUCCAGACGAGGAAGUGUUGCAACUAGCACUCUAACAAAUAUCAGCCUCAACAUCCCACCAAUAAACCAUGGGAGAAGGCGGCAGAGCUUGGUGGACACCCUUAACCCAUCAGCUGCAGCCCAGCCUUCCUCCCAGCUGUCGGCCCGUGACCUCAGCACCAUGAGCAGCGCCAUGGACACAGCGGUGUUGGCACUGGACCCGGAGAGUUGCCCUUACUGUGCAAAGGCCCUGGCCAACGAGUCUGAGGGCGGCACAGAGGGCAACGACACACCUGGAGACUCUGACAGCGAGGGUGUUUAUGAGUUCAGCCAGGACAUGCGUCGCAGGGACAGGCGAGAUAGCCGGCAGCCACGGAAGAAGCCCUUCAGGCUGGGUAAAACAGCUGGAAAGGUUGUGCACUUUUGGAGGCUGGUGUGCGACACGUUCAGGAAGAUCGUGGAUAGCAAGUACUUCGGAAGAGGGAUCAUGAUUGCCAUCCUUAUCAAUACGCUGAGCAUGGGGAUCGAGUACCAUGAGCAGCCUGAUGAACUGACCAAUGCCUUGGAGAUCAGUAACAUUGUGUUCACCAGCCUAUUCUCCCUCGAGAUGCUGUUAAAGGUUCUGGUCUACGGGCCUUUCGGCUACAUCAAGAACCCCUACAAUAUAUUUGAUGGCAUCAUUGUGGUCAUCAGCGUGUGGGAAAUUGUUGGUCAGCAGGGUGGUGGUCUUUCUGUGCUGAGGACCUUCCGGCUCAUGCGGGUUCUGAAGCUGGUUCGUUUUAUGCCGGCCCUGCAGAGGCAGCUGGUGGUGCUGAUGAAGACCAUGGACAACGUAGCCACCUUCUGCAUGUUGCUAAUGCUGUUCAUCUUCAUCUUCAGUAUCCUGGGGAUGCAUCUAUUUGGUUGUAAGUUUGGUUCAGAGCGGGAUGGAGACACUCUACCUGACAGGAAAAACUUUGACUCUCUUCUGUGGGCCAUUGUGACGGUUUUCCAAAUACUAACACAAGAAGACUGGAACAAGGUAUUAUAUAACGGCAUGGCAUCCACAUCUCCAGUCGCAGCUCUCUACUUCAUUGCCCUCAUGACCUUCGGUAACUACGUUCUAUUCAACCUGCUGGUGGCCAUCUUGGUUGAAGGCUUCCAAACUGAGGAAGUGUCGAAGCGGGAGGAUUUGCAUGCCCAACUGAGUCUAAUUCAGCUGCCUAUAGACGCAGGGGGUGAUGCCUCUAAAUCAGGUUCCGAAAUCGAUUCCUUUGCACGGAGUAUGGAGGAUGUUAACAGCAGAGAUUUAUCAGCCUCUGCAGUGCCUGUAAAUGGUCAUGUGGAUUUAAAGACCAGCCUGACUCCUCCACUAAUUACCCACACAGCAGCCACCCCUAUGCCAAUACCUAAGUUGCCAGUUGGGGGUGACCCCAUCCUGGGCUGUGAGUCCCGCAGAAGCAGCAGUGUCUCCAUAGACCCAGGCUCUUAUGACAAGUCAAUGAUGCCCCAUUAUGGCCCUUGGAGCACUGGUAGUGGCAGGAAUAGCCGCAGAUCCAGCUGGAACAGCCUAGGUCAUGCACCGUCCCUCAAACGCCAGGAGCGCCAAUCAGGGGAACGGAAGUCGCUGCUAUCAGAAGAGGGAGGCUCCAGCUCGGAAGAAGGUGAGGACGGAGGAGAGGGAGGAGGCGGGCUGGAGGAGGAUGACGCUUCCUUGGCCAGGACCGACUCCAUGUCACAGUCUCAGAAAGGGCCCCGUCAUCGGAGGAUGGAGUCAAUAGAGACUCGGCGCUCCAUGGAUUUACCCCCUGAUGCUCUACUGCAGGUACCCUACCUGUAUCGCUCAGCCAGCAUGUACAGCUCCAGACCGCCUUUACCGGUGACAUUUCGGCUUGCAGAGCAUAGCGACUGCAAUGGGAAGGGCACUCCCUCACUGGUGGGCCCUACACAGGUUUCUUUGGAGGAGAAUACUGAAGACGAUAAUGCAGAGGAGGAGGCCAAUCUGGGACGUAUUGCCAGAUUGUUUCACUGGCUGGAGAGGAAACAACCCGAAUGGUGUCGACAGAGAGACACCUGGUCGCUCUACCUCUUCUCUCCAGAGUCAAGGUUCCGUGAUGUGUGCAAUAAGAUCAUCACCCACAAGAUGUUCGACCAUGUGGUGUUGGUCAUCAUCUUCCUCAACUGCAUUACGAUUGCCAUGGAGCGUCCUCACAUCGACCCCGGCAGUGCUGAAAGGAUCUUCCUAACGUUGUCCAACUACAUCUUCACAGCUAUAUUUGUGGCUGAAAUGACUGUAAAGAUUGUGGCUUUGGGUUGGUGCUUUGGUGAUAAGUCCUACUUGAGGAGCAGCUGGAACAUUCUGGAUGGGAUGUUGGUGAUGAUAUCAGUUAUCGACAUCCUGGUUUCUUUCUUCUCCAACUCUGGUACCAAGAUCCUGGGCAUGCUCAGAGUACUCAGGCUGUUGCGUACCCUGAGGCCACUACGUGUGAUCAGCCGAGCUCCAGGGCUAAAACUGGUAGUUGAGACCCUGAUGUCUUCACUAAAGCCCAUUGGCAACAUUGUGGUCAUCUGCUGCGCCUUCUUCAUAAUAUUUGGCAUCCUUGGAGUACAGCUCUUUAAGGGGAAGUUCUUCGUUUGUCAAGGGGAGGAUGUGCGGAACAUCACAAACAAGUCAGACUGUUUACAAGCCAGCUACAAAUGGGUCAGACACAAGUACAACUUUGACAACCUGGGACAGGCCUUGAUGUCCCUCUUUGUCCUGGCAUCGAAAGACGGCUGGGUGGAUAUUAUGUAUGAUGGACUAGAUGCUGUAGGAGUAGAUCAGCAGCCAGUGAUGAACUACAAUCCUUGGAUGCUGCUUUACUUCAUCUCCUUCCUCCUGAUUGUGGCCUUCUUUGUGCUGAACAUGUUUGUGGGCGUCGUGGUGGAGAACUUCCACAAGUGUCGGCGCCACCAAGAGGCCGAGGAGGCCAAGCGCAGGGAGGAGAAGAGACUGAAACGCAUGGAGAAAAAGAGACGGAAUUUAAUGGUUCCGGGGGUGAGUUGGGCCCUAUCUGAAGGCACAUUAAAAGAAGCUCAGAGUAAGCCCUACUACUCAGAUUACUCUCCAACCCGUUUGAUUAUCCACAAGCUGUGUACCAGCCACUACCUGGACCUGUUCAUCACCAUCGUCAUUGGGCUCAACGUCAUCACGAUGUCCAUGGAGCACUACCAGCAGCCCAAGGAGCUGGAUGAAGCAUUGAAGAUCUGUAACUACAUCUUCACUCUCAUCUUUGUUCUGGAGUCAGUCUUCAAGCUGGUGGCCUUUGGUUUUCGACGCUUCUUUAAGGACAAGUGGAACCAGCUGGAUCUGGCCAUCGUGUUGCUAUCCAUCAUGGGUAUCACCCUGGAGGAGAUUGAGGUCAAUGCUUCACUGCCUAUUAACCCGACUAUAAUCCGCAUCAUGAGAGUGCUGAGGAUUGCACGAGUACUGAAGCUCUUGAAGAUGGCGGUGGGAAUGAGAGCUUUGCUGGACACCGUUAUGCAAGCCCUGCCUCAGGUGGGAAAUCUGGGUCUUCUCUUCAUGCUUCUGUUCUUCAUCUUUGCAGCCCUGGGAGUGGAGCUGUUUGGUGACUUGAUUUGUGAUGAACUCCACCCAUGUGAGGGCCUUGGCCGCUAUGCAACGUUCAAAAAUUUUGGGAUGGCGUUUUUGCUGCUCUUCAGAGUUUCAACUGGGGACAACUGGAAUGGUAUCAUGAAGGACACGUUGAGGGACUGUGCGCAAGACGUGGGGACCUGCUACAACACUGUCGUCUCUCCCAUCUACUUUGUCUCCUUCGUCUUGACCGCUCAGUUUGUCUUGGUCAACGUCGUCAUUGCUGUCUUAAUGAAGCACCUGGAGGAGAGUAACAAGGAGGCCAAAGAGGAGGCCGAUCUGGAGGCCGAGUUGGAGCUAGAGCUGCACACCGAUGGAGGAGACAUGGCAACCAGGUCGCCCCAGCUUAACCCUCUCACACUGGGCUUGGACAGGUCAAGUUCUGGGGGUUCCCCAUGGAGGUCCGCCGGAGGAGUGGACAUGGGACAGGAAAGGGACUCACCCACUGUUGACAUACCCAGAGAACCUGUGAACAUCAUAGACGAUCCUCCCUCAUGCCUGGAGCCACCUCUGGAGUUUGUCCAGCGAAGAGCACAGUUUGACUCGGUCUCCCUGGUCAUCCAGGGUUCAGUGGAAGGGGAGUUGAGUUUGAUGGACAACUUGUCUGGCUCUGUGUGCCACUACUACGCGCUGCCCUCCAAGGCCAACAAGCACAACACAGACAAAAAGAUUCCUCUAGCUGAGAUGGACGCUGUCUCUCUGGCCUCUGAGAAAUCCUGGUCCCUAGCUCUGACAGAGGACUCGGUUGCUGACGAUUUUAACCCCCUCUUUCUCAGCAGUCUGGAAUGCAAUAUCGAGCAGCUCAACCCUGGCGUAACACUGGAGGACAACCUGUUGAGUGUCAGGAAACCCGCCGUGGGACGCACACACUCUUUACCCAACGACAGCUACAUGUUCUUCCCGCUGCAGCCCUUCGGGAAGCCGACUGCAGCUUCAGCACAGCUUCUUGCACAGGCUCCUCGGCCCCAGCACAUACUGAGCUCCCACAGGGCCCAGUCAGGCUCCAGUGGUUCAGUGCGUUCGCAACCAGAAGAGUUUUCCCAACGACUGACCAUCCCCACUGACCUCUUCAGACCCAUCAGCCCCCACAGCCACUCCGACUCUGAAAGUAUACCACGACUACCCCCUCCCAGACACGCACAUGCGGUGAGCCGCAAGCUGCGUAGACAGCUCAGUUGGGCCCAAAAACCGCCUGACCCUGAGCUCCUGCUCAAACACAGAUACUCCUGUUUCUGAAACAGUGAGGGAAAAGUAGACUUUAGCCACCACUGGGCCUUUCAGAAACACUGGACUCCAUGCUCAUAUUGCAAAAGACGCAAAGUCGAACUAAUAUGCAGGCUUCAUUCCAUUUUUUUUUUUCUGUCAAUUCCUCAAAUGUUUACUGUCAACUCUUCACUACCUGAAUUUUUAACAAUUGGCUUUGGGGAUGGUAUUUUAGCUUGAUCUUAUUACAGGAUGAUCAAAUUGCAGUGAGAUAAUGUACAGUAUAUAAGCCGGUAGGCCUGUCACGAUAACAAAUUUUGCUGGACGAUAAUUGUCCUGCAAAUUAUUGCCGAUAAACUAUACUAUUGACAACAUUUUUUGAGACCAUUUUUUCAUUAAUGUAAUUAUAAUAUAUGGCAAAAUAAUGCAAAAACGCUGUAUCAAAAAGCAAUGAACUUUAAUUUCUCAAGAGUAUUUAACAUUCCAAUUAGAAUGUCAAGAGCUUUUAAAUAAAAUAAAUUAAACAACAUAAUACAUUUUAAAAAAAGACCAAAAAAAGUCUCUUUUUAGCAAAAGUUGCAUUUAAAUAAAAAAAUCAUAAAUAGACCCUGUCUCUGUUAUGAAAAAGUGCACUCUAAUAAAAACCAUAAAAACACUAAAUAAAAGGGAGUGUCAAGGCUCUGUAAAGAAAAUUGCACUUGAGUAAAUAUUGAACAUUGGGUGUUAUUCCUUAACAGGAAGGCUUAAAAUGUAGCAAACUACACUGUGCGUGAGUGUGCACCAUUUUUGCAUUGUUUUGUUUAUAUUUACUCUGCCAACCAAACACCUCAGUAAGCGUAGACUGUCGGGACGAAGGCUCCGUUGCACCCCAGGCGCUAGUUUUUUUUCCCAGUUGGGAAAACUGGACAGGAUGGUUGUGCUUGAGGUGCACAUACAAGUUUGUCGUAUUCCCCUUUUUCGUCGCCACCACUUUCCAACAGAUGCGACAUAUCUGCUCAUCUGUGUUCAAGGGCUCACCUUGUUAAUUCUGUUUAAAACCAAAAUAUUCUCACACCGUGGCUGUGGCACGGAAAACAUCGCUUUUCUACCGUCAUUCAUUGUUGUAUUUGCUCACUUGCAGGCUACAGCACUCUCACUAGCAGCCCCGACUCCACGCACUGGCACAAAGAGACUGAAUGAAUGACCGGAGGGUUCACUCACUCCGUUCAUUCCUCUAUAGAACCAACACACCCAGGUGCUGAGACAGAGGCAAGGGGUGAACCCUCUUGUCAUCCAGCCUGUUUGGUAGAGAGAGAGAGAGAGGAGGAAAACAAACACGUAUGCACAUGUCAAUUUAUCAAGGCUGGCAAAAUGACAGGGUUCGUUUUUAUUUAUCGUGCGAUUAAUUGAUUACUGUGACAGGCCUAUAAGGCAGGAUAGGUUAUCAUUUGGCAAAAUGUAUGGCGUCCUUUUAAAAGAACUCAGGGGGUUGUAAAACAACAGCAUGUGCUCUGAUACUUUUUGUACAGUCAUUGUAAUAGAGCACUUAAACUUUUUUAUUGACUAGAUUAGUUGGCUAAACCUGACAGGGUGAUCUCUUUAGAUCAUUAAUAUACUGCAUAGUAUUAUUUUAGUAUGCACUCUUUCUGUGCAAUCUUUGACCACUGGGUGUCUCUGUGGUCACACCGUCAGGGCUCAUGUAAGAGAACCCGUUCUUCCAACUCAUGCAUGGCCUCUUCCCACAAAUGCAAAUGCACUAAAAUUGACCCCUCAGCAAAGUGAAGACAUUUUAAUCACCUCUGAGAUGAGAGUAAUUCAUGACUUGAGGGACAUUUUAUGAGUUUUAACAAGCAUUGUUGUCACUGCUGCAGUGACAUGUUGUGUUCACCCUCUUGACUGUUGCCCACUCGCACAGACAUGAUCUGAUUUCACAACAUGAUUGUAAAUGCCGCCGACUGUACUGCCUCUUGCAAUUUACAGUUGUUUGUUGUGCGAAGGUCAAAGGUUAGAGGGUCGAGUAGUCUGGUUCAGAGUUCACAGAGUCAGCUGGCAAGCAAUGAGCUACAAGUGUCACUCCAUCUGAAGCACUGCUUAUGCUACUAUUGAAAAAACAUGUUUGGACAAGCUUUUAUUAUCAAGAAUCAUGAAGUUUUAUUUGCCAUUUGUACACACAUUAGUACACACAUACACACAGUUCUAGCAAAGCUGAUGAGGAACGAAUAUGCCACAUACAUAGUUAGGACACAAAUCAACAGCAGCAGAUAACUGGCACAACAACCAUGAAAUAACCUUCACAUUCAUUGGCUACAGACAAUGUGGCAAUUUGCUGAAGUGAGACAUUACAGGUGGUCCUCGGUUGACAACAUUUCACAUUCGUUUUGUGGCGAUGAACACACUCCCACAAAGUUUGGUCUGUAAACAUGCGAUUCACUCGAAAACUAGUUACGUGAAUACGCACCGAGUGCAGCAAGUAUGCAGUGUGUGCCUUUGAGUGUGCCUGCGCAGCUACACUGAGGAAGAAUAACAUUGCUUCUUUUGGACUUCAUUAUGUCUCCCAAGCGGCAGUGUGUCAAAGAAAAGGAAAGCCAUCACCAUGGAAGUGAAUAUUGGUAAAAGCUCUGAGAGAAGAGACACACCCACCAAUAUUGGCAGCUCCUGUGGUCCUAGCCGCUCGACUGUCGAGACCAUCAUUAAAUAUAAAGAUGAUUGAAUGCUAAUGAAUGCUAGCAGGGUCAUGGACUCCAUUAUGGUUUAGUUCCAGUUUACAUGACUUACAUCACAGUCUAGGAAUGGAAUUGUACGUAAUACGAGGACAACUUUAAUUGCAAUACCAGGUGUCAAAUCAUUUUUACUCAAUUCAUUGAGGUUUAAACUAAACUUCACAUUGAAACCUUAUGGUACUUUCUCACUAAAACACUUUUGGUCACAGUAAUGGAUCCCAGCGUGAGAAUAAAAUCAGUUGAGCCAAGUCCACAUCUUCUAAAGUCCAAAAGAGCUUGGUUCAGCAUUUGUAAGAAAGUAUUCUGAAUUCAACCUCUUCAACUUCAAAUUAACUCAUCAGGUUUGACGAUUAACGGCAUAGUACAAUGACGUAACACCAUGCAGGUAGUAAACACAUACAAACAAACAGAUCUUUGGUGUAACAUGUACGUCCCUCGCUACAUCGUGGUUCGAACAUCGCUCCCGCCCUCUAUCGUGGUUUUUCAAAACUUAAUGAAUAAAUGAUCGCUGUUUCACAGUUGACUAUGGCUGUUAAUAUUAGUCAAAAAUAUUGAAAGACAAGUGACAAGUCACUAGGCAUCAUUACUGUAGAUUGCAUUACCUUCACACUGCAUGUAGUCAGCCGUGGCAGCCGACGUGAUAGGGUGUAAAAAAGUUUCCUCACAUUCCGUGUGGAAGUGGUAAACUUUUUGCUUCUUACUUUGUUUUUCUUCCCCACUCCAUUUGAAACACUUUCUUAAGUUAAGAAUAAACCUAUUGGAGGCUAACUCGCUAGCUCAGUAGCAUGCUAUGUUUAAAGCGGCGUCCGUCUGUUGUGUUCCUGCAGUGAUCCCGUAGCCUGCGCAUUACAGUUGCACAAUGGGGUGUAAACAAAGAAUAAUAUAAGUGUGAAGGUGACUAUAGGGGUGUUAUUUCAUGUCUACAGGGCUCUAAUAAUGGUACAAAUUGUAUUUAGAAAAUCAUAAAAAGGUUUUCGAUGCUCUCAAUACAAUACAAUACACAAUUAAUACAAUAUAAAUAAAUUGUAUUCAAUUGUGUUCAAUUUAUUAAUAGUGAAUCCUGCUUUGCGGAAACUCACUUUUCUAAAUUCACUUAUAGAGUCUGGAGUCAACUGACCGCGAUAAACGAGGGACGACUUUAUGCGGUUCACUAGAGUUAACUCACAACAUUCCUUUCAUGUACAGUUGGCUAUUUGCUGGUACAUCAUCCAGAUCAUUAUUCAAGUUAUCAACAGGGCAAUUUUGUUCCAUGUAACAUUUAUUAUCACUGUUUCUCCUACUACUCAUACAAAAAAACCUACUUGUUUAUGUUGGCUAAUUUGUUUUUUUUUUUCCUGCUUGAAAAUGAAACGAACUGAGGGGAAACAGACUUAAAGGUUUACAAACUCAUGAGCCGAUUUGGACCAGAGAAAGCACAGCACACUGUUAAGUCUGUUUAUAUGGAACCUCUUGAUGCAGUUUGUUUUCAGGUGUCAACGUAGCAACCGCACUUACACAGUAAGAUCCCAUCCAACUUGCAAAUGCACAAGUCGGGUUUUACCCUAAACAUCCCAAAACUACUGUAGGUAGCGCAUAAACAGAUGACACCACUGACUUACCAAACACGUCAACACGUAUUCCCUAUUCGCCGGUGUCUCUUAUGAUGCAUUUGUGUUUUCUUGGAUUUUUAAAGAAACUGAACCAGUGGGUAAACAACCAAAUUUACAGUACAAACCCCGCAACCAUUAAGGCAACCUUUCAGUGUAAAACCAUCUAUGUAAUAAUACAUGAAUUCUGCAGCUCCAGUAGAGAAUAAGAACAAGGAAAUCUGCCAAGCUUGUGAACUUUGACCCAUACUACGACUUCUCAUCCUCAUCAACUCACACUAACCAGUUUCCCUGUCUCACCUCUAAUCCCUCGAACCCCGGGAUUCCAUCAACUCCCCCUCUCAUUAUACAUAUGUCUGCAACUUCCUCACCCAUCCCACCCUAAAUAUUUCAUCCCACCUUUCUCCCCCGUGCCCCGUCUUGCAGGUUGCAGUGUCUACUGAUUCUCAGGAGGCCCUGUGUUCAGAUGGAGGGGAAAGC